UCUUAAUGAUGAAGGGACCCAAACCAGCCCAUUGCUUCUUGCCCUUUAACCAUCGCCUACAAAGAGCAGAAACUGUGAUUCUGGAUGUGAAAUAAAGACACAGAUAGCAGAGAAAUUUAAAAAGAGAUGGAUAUGUCUGUGAAGCUUGUGGCUAUGUUGUUUUUGCUGGUGAUAGCGAGCGGUGAAGAUACAAGUUUCAUCUUUAAUAAUGGCUUCCAAUCAGCUCAUUUAACCAUGGAUGGUAUUUCAGAGAUCACUCCCAAUGGCCUCCUCCAACUCACAAACGGAACCAGGCAAAAACUAGCCCAUGCUUUCUACCCCAAUCCAAUAGCUUUCACCCCCUCUUCUUCUUUCUCAACUGCUUUUGUUUUCGCCAUUAGACCUGAAUACCCUACUUUGAGCGGUCAUGGAAUCGUUUUUCUAAUCUCUCCAGAAAAAGCGCUUCCAGGUGCUUUGCCUAGUCAAUACUUAGGUCUCUUCAAUGACACCAACAAUGGCAACAGUACAAACCAUGUUUUUGCAGUGGAGCUUGACACCAUACAGAGCAGGGAGUUUGAUGAUAUCAAUGAUAACCAUGUCGGAAUUGACAUUAACAGCUUGAAGUCGGCCAGUUCUACUCCUGCAGGAUAUUAUGAUGAAGGGUCUCGGCUUAAAAAUCUGAGUCUUAUUAGUGGCCUUCCAAUGCAGGCGUGGGUGGACUAUGACGGAGGAAAGAAGCAAGUUAGCGUCACCCUUGCUCCCAUCAACGUUAACAAACCCAAAACUCCGUUGUUAACGUUGUCCCAAGAUCUUUCUCAUAUAAUAAAAAAUCCCAGUUAUGUGGGGUUUUCAUCCUCUACUGGGUCUGUGUCAACUUCUCAUUAUGUUCUUGGGUGGAGCUUCAAGCUCAAUGGGGAGGCUCAAAACCUGGUCGUCUCUGAACUCCCGAAGCUACCACGACUCGGAGGAAGGAAACAGUCAAUGGUUUUGCUAAUUGGGUUGCCUCUGCUUUCUCUAUGUUCGAUUUUUGCCAUGAUCUUAUCCAUAUUUUAUUACAUGUAUAGGAAAAAGAAGUUUUCUGAGAUUCAAGAAGAGUGGGAGCAAGAAUAUGGCGCUCACAGGUUCAAAUACAAAGAUCUCUACGUUGCCACAAAGGGAUUCAAAGACAGAGAGCUUCUGGGAAGUGGUGGAUUUGGCAGAGUAUACAAGGGAACAAUGCCAACUUCAAAAGUUGAGGUUGCUGUGAAGAAAAUUUCACAUGAAUCUCGGCAAGGCAUGAGGGAAUUCGUUGCAGAAAUCAUAAGCAUCGGUCGUUUCCGCCAUAGAAACAUCGUACCUCUUUUGGGAUAUUGUAGGCGAAAAGGAGAGCUUCUUCUCGUCUAUGAUUUCAUGCCAAACGGAAGCUUAGAUAAAUAUCUUUAUAACCAGCCUAGCGUGACACUGAAUUGGAUGCAAAGAUUCAAAAUCAUCAAAGGAGUAGCUUCAGGAUUGCACUAUCUACAUGAAGAAUGCGAAAAAGUGGUGGUCCACAGAGACAUUAAAGCAAGUAAUGUCCUGCUAGAUUCAGAAUUAAAUGGAAGAGUAGGAGAUUUUGGUCUUGCAAGACUGUACGACCAUGGGUGUGAUCCUCAAACUACACACGUGGUCGGGACAUUGGGUUAUUUAGCACCAGAACAUACAAGAACAGGGAGAGCCACGACAAGGUCAGAUGUCUUUGCUUUUGGUGCGUUUGUGCUUGAGGUUGUGUGUGGAAGAAGGCCCAUAGAGCAGGUUAAUGAAGAAGAGAGUGUGGUUUUAGUAGAUUGGGUUUACGGACUAUGGAGUAGGGGUGAGAUUAUUGAAGCAAAGGAUCCAAAUUUAGGAACAGAGUAUGUGGCAGCAGAGGUUGAGUUGGUAUUGAAACUGGGGCUUUUGUGCUCAAAUUUCCAACCACAGACCCGACCAAGCAUGCGUCAAGUUGUGCAAUAUCUGAAUUGGGAAGUUCCUUUGCCCGACAUAUCCUCAUCAUCCUUAGCCUUAUGUUCUACUUCUCCGGGGUUGUCAUUUGGCAAAUCCGGAUUUUUUGACUCCACGACGUCGUCCCUUCCAUUUUAUGCUGACCAGUCUUUCUCUCAAUGUUCGGUAGCCGAAUCAUUUCUCUCUGGGGGUCGUUAAUGCCUUACAAAAGCCACAUGACUUGCUAGAGCUUGCUAUUUCAUAUCUUUAGCUUUCUGUUCUUUCUUUUCCUUUUAAAGUUUCCUUGUUGGUUUCAUUUUGAGCAAGUUGUAUUCCCGAUAAGAUCCAGAAUUGUUGGAAUGAAGGGGUUACUACUACAUAAAUCAUCCCUAGCGUUGCAUUAGUGAAAAUAUAUCCAAUGCUUUGAUUGCAAAAAUAGCCCAUAGUUAUA